UUGCCAUGGUGCUUUUGAUUGAUUUAAGAUGCCAGGCCAUGAUAUAAAGGUAUCUUCUGUGUGGAGGUGGUUCAUGGUGCUUUUGCUGGUGCUAAAGAAGCUGCGGUGGCACUCAGUCUCACAGCAAGGACACUUCAAAUGGACUCUGUGUACAGCCAUGGGGUGCUGGUUAUACAGCACCUCCAGAACAACUAUAGGGAAUGCCAGGACUUCCUUAACUUCAUGUCAACCGUAGGAGACCCACGCAACAUUUUUUCGGUCUAUUUCCCCCUUUGGUUUCAUCUCAGCCACAAUGUGGGCAUCAAGAUGAUAUGGGUGGCAGUUAUUGGAGACUGGUUUAAUCUUAUUUUCAAAUGGAUUCUGUUUGGCCAGCGACCUUACUGGUGGGUACAAGAAACUAACCUCUACCACAACAAUUCAUUCCCACAUUUGGAGCAGUUUCACAUCACAUGUGAAACAGGACCAGGAAAUCCAUCUGGUCAUGCCAUGGGCUCAUCAUGUGUGUGGUACGUGAUGAUCACCUCUGCUCUCAACUUCACCAGGCCAUCCUCUACCAUCACUUCAGUGCAGGGUUAUCAAAGGUUUCGUCUCCUGAAGUCUUGUCUGUGGAUGGCCUUUUGGGUAAUUCAGAUAAGUGUUUGCAUCUCAAGGAUUUUUAUUGCAACGCAUUUCCCCCAUCAGGUUAUACUUGGUGUGUUCGCAGGUAUGAUGGUAGCCGAAGUGCUUGAUCACAUCCCCUCUGUCUACAAUGCAAGCCUGAAAGCAUACCUCUACACCAAUCUUUUCCUUUUCUGUUUUGCUGUUGGCUUUUAUCUUCUCCUCAAAUCAAUGGACAUCAAUCUCCUCUGGUCAGUUACUAAAGCCAAGAAGUGGUGCGCUAACCCUGACUGGAUCCAUCUUGACACCACACCUUUUGCCGGUCUGGUGAGAAACUUGGGAGCCUUGUUCGGUCUGGGCCUAGCAGUGAACUCUCAGAUGUUCAUUCAAAGCUGUAAGGGAAAGAACGCCUACAAUACCAGGUUUAAACUCAUGUGUGUGACUGCAACUCUCACAUCUCUGCAACUGUAUGACUUUAUCAAAAUGCCCACUCACACUGAGGCUCUGUUUUACAUUUCCUCUUUCUGUAAGAGUGCCUCGGUUCCUCUUGGUGUGGUUGCUGUAAUUCCAUACUGUGUGCAUUUGUUGAUUGGAGAUGAGGACAGAAAGCUAGCUUAGCUGGUGAAUUAUAUGAAAAAUUUUCUCACCUGUACUCAUCAGAGUAUAUCAAACAUAACCUUUAGACUGUUAUUCACAGUUAUUGUCACAUUCGCACUGAAACUGCAAAUAGAAAUAAGAUCAUUUGUUUGAACUGAAAUACAUUUUUUUAUGGUUGGUAUUUUUGUGAGGGACAGUGCAAAAUAUUACAUGUAACCUGCCUAUUUUGUUUGUUUUACCUGUGCUGUAAGAUGCUGUAUGAAUGUGAUGAAAUGCAUUGAUGACACAACAUGAA